UGCAAUUUUGUAAUUAUACUUUUAAAAUAAAUAUUAAACAUUUUGUGAACCAAUGUGUGUCUGGACGCAAUCAGGAUACUUAUAUUUGGGAUAAAAUACGACUACCUGAAUUCGGGCCGCAAUCGGGCAACUCCGAUAUUUUUAUAACAUUGUUAUUGUUUAAACACUAUAAACCCAUAGCAAUCCUAAAGGACCUCACACACGAUCAGUUUAACUGUGCAGUUUAUCACGUAUGACGUCAUGUCUGAGCGAUAACCUGAGGAAACUGUGCAGUUCUGGUGGAUUUUUACGCAGGCUAUUGGCCUGCGCGAGAUAGUCUACUUUGCACCGAUUAACGGCGCAGUUAGAUCAGUUAAUCGAACAGUUUGCACAGUCUUCUCUAGUUGUUUUUAGCCACGCACGAUAUCCGCUAAGUUUAUUUUGUAUUAUUUAUUAAUUAUAUUUUGUAACUAUUCUACUACUCAACUGUUGUCGCCGCCAUGGCAAAAAAAAAAAAAAGAGAACAACUUUUGUAUUUUAUUGAUGCAUACAGAAGUUUACCAGAAUUGUGGGAUAUAGAAUGCCCUUCAUAUUCGAAUCGGAUAAAAAAAGCUGCAGCGUACAAUGUUUUAAUUGAAAAACUUAAACCUCUAGAGCCAGAUGCGGUUCGUGAUAGUGUUAAAAAAAUUAACAACCUUCGAUCAACUUUUCGGAAAGAAUUGAAGAAGGUAAACGACUCAAAAAGAUCCAGCGCGGGAAGCGAUGAUGUAUAUGUUCCAAGCCUCUGGUACUUCAACGAAUUGAUGUUUUUGGUAGACCAAGAAACUCCGGACACGAGUGAGUUAACAUUUGCAGUGGACAAUGCAGUGGAUAAUGAAAACGGCCAGAAUUCGGCUUCAGUUCCUUUAUCUGAAUUUAUUUCACCUGGGCUAACACACACUUCAUUUUCUGCACCACCCAGCAAAAAAAAAAGAAGACCAUUCCUGCAUCACACGAUCUUCUUAUUAAAGCCACGCGGUAUUUGGAAGCUGAAGACGAUGAGUUCCUAACAUUGGCGAAGGGUU